AUGGACGAAACUCUUGCAGAGCUGGAAGCCGAAGCAUUUUCUGCAGAACACGAGGACCCUCUCGUGCCCUCUACACCCUUUCUGGCCAUAGCUGGCCUUCCAGUUUUUCUGACCCCGCAUGCCACGCUGACUAACACAUCAGAGCCAGCUGGAGAAUCAGCACCGUCUGGAUGGUGUGAGGUAGAAGAAAGCGAGCCCAGAGGCAUGCUUUGGCUGUGCCGAAGUGGCCACACCUGUGCUGAAGCCGAAGUGGCUACAAACAGCACCCGACCCGACCCCACCGCAGAAGUUGUGGUCUCCAACGCCGAAGUGGCAGAUAACCUCGUGUUCGCCGAAGUGGCUCCCACUGCUGUGGGCCCCCCCCAACAAGCCACGGUGCUAAGUGGUCAGGAGUAUGAACGUGCACUAACGGGGGCCCUGACCCGUUGUGCGAAGAAGCCCAGACUCUGCCAGCCUUGGGAGAGCGACUUAAUGUCUGAUAUUUUCAGUGAUCAGCCCAGCUUUGAAUGGGCUGCUGCCCCGUCAGCAAGUCUGGUGGACAUUCUCACCAGUGACAAGCCUGAAGCGUGCACCCCAGGAGAAACCAUUGAAGCCAUUCUCCUACAACACAAAGCUCCCGCUGAGAGUUGUGCGUCUCUUCUUCGGGCCAGACCCGACCAGACUUUCCUUCAGCAAGAUUCCUCCAGGAAAACUAGGGCCAUGACUAUGUGGAUGGAAACUGUCAUGCCAUACUGGAGACAUUUCCAGGUCACCCGAAGCAUAGUGUCUGGCAUGUCAGACACUGAGCCCACAGUGCAGCAAGUGCUUGAGACUUUGGAAGCGACCUUUGGUCGCAAAUCGGCGAGCACGCUGUACUCUCGUGCUCUCGGUGUUCACCGUUAUCUGCACUGGUGCCUCAUGCACGGUGUGCAACCGUUUCCCAUGGUUGAACGCAUUAUCUGGAGCCAUGUUUCUGAGCUCGCAACACUCUGCAGGCCAUCUGCAGCCUCGACAUUCAUGCGAGUUGUUAACUUCAUGCGUUUCACCAUCACCCCGGAUGGGUCCCCAGAAGUUGCAACGAGUGCACGAAUCUCAGGCAAGGCAGUGUUGGCCCUGGCCGGCAAACGCCCUGUGAAAAGAGCCCCGGCUCUAACAGUCAAGAUGGUUCGUGCGCUGCAUCGUGUCCUUGAGGACAAGAAACGACACGUGUAUGACAGGCUGUGUGCAGGAACCUUCCUCAUAGCUGUGUAUGGUCGAUGCAGAUGGAGCGAUCUCCGUCACAUCCAAGAGAUAAUUCUCGAUAUCUCAGAUGACAGGCAGAUUGGCUUCAUUGAGGUCUUGACGGCCCAUCACAAAACGGCCAAGAAGGACCAGGUCAGGCUUCUGCCCAUUGUCGCCCCUGCUUUCGGCAUCACAGGCGAGUGCUGGGCUGAAAGCUUUCUCAGCCUGAGAGCUGCGAACAUAGGCGAAUGCCGCAAUGGCCCACUGCUCCCAGCUGUGACUGAGCAAAAACCUCUCUCCUUCUCCAACCGUCCCAUCGAGACGGAUGAGGCGACAGACAUCCUGAGGUUCCUCCUCUCGGACUUUCCUGAAGCGGCCAAGCUGACCUCGCACAGCUGCAAGGAGACACCACUCUCGUGGCUGGCCAAGGCUGGUGCAGACAAGCUGCUUGGCCUUGUCCUGGUCCUUGCCCGCCUUGCCACCCGAACUGGAGUGUUCCACCUUCCGGAGCAGCAGACGUUUUCUCACGCCUGUGAGGCCUUGUUCUCACGUUCUGAAGUGCACAGCUUGCGUUGCAUUUUUCAAGAUUGGCUCACGACCCAGUCCCCCGGCACUGACAUCUCAUGGGAGGUGUUUCCUGGGCAGCCGUAUUGCCUUCAGGCACUGCAUGUUGUUUCGCGCAUUUGCCAAGACCGUGACGUUUCCCUUUUUCCUUGCUUGCAACAAGGUGUGCCCACCGGCUUUGAUGGCGACAUUCCUUUGUCCAACGUCUUUUUGCCGCAAGGAGGAGGUCAUCCUUUUGAACAAUCCCUUGGCAUUUGUCACGGCAACUGGUCAUACGCUGAAGCAGACCUUCCAACUUUGCAUGCCUUAGUGGAGGAAGAAGUCGCCAAUGGCUGGCUUUUGGAGCUGGACUCCCUGGAAGCAGCUCAGGAGCGUUUUGGCGAUAAGCUGGCCAUUGGAAAGAUGUCCAUAGUCAAAGCCGAACGGAAGAAGCCUCGUCUCGUAGUUGAUUCCACUGUCUGUGGCACUAACCCUUCAUGCACCAUCCCCGAGACGUACACACUCCCAGGAGUUGAUGAUGUCAGGGAGUCGUUUCCUCUGCGACUUCACUCCGGCAUGUGCGCAGGUUUUGCUUUUGACAUCAAAUCGGCCCACAAGACAGUCCGAGUUCGUGACUCAGAUCAGGGCCUCCUCGGAGUUUCCCUCCCAAAGAUUCAGGGUUCCGGCCGUCGCUGGCUUUUCUACCGCGUUUGCCCAUUCGGGGCGAACUUCUCGGCCCCGUGGUUUCAGCGCCUUGGGAGCUUCUUUUCUCCGCACUUUGCAUUUGUGGACAUGGCUCCGUCACGCCCUGCUGGGCUACGUGGGCAGAGCAUGCUUCGUGCGCUGCAGAGGAAUUUCGGAGGGCUCACAAAGGAGGAGUUCAUGGCCUUGUGCACGGUGUUCUUGACGGGAGGGCGGAUAGCGGAGCUGGAGGUGAACUGGUUCCGAACCACGCUGGCCGUGUUGCAGGAGGCCCUGCUUGACCUCCCAGAAAGGGACCUCCCAGAAAGGGACCUCAAGGAUGCGAAUUACGAGCCAUGCCGCUACAAGCUCAUCAUCGACGAGACCGAGGAUGGUGGGGCUGUGCGGGUCCUGCAGUCGGCGGGCCUAUUCCCAGCACAGGUCCCAGUUCUUGAGGUGAGCAGGUUGCCAGGGGACCAGAGUGACCUCCAUCGCAGCCCGGUCGUGAGUGACAUCCGCAGGGCUGCCGAGCGCCCGGGCAUGUGUGUCAUGGUCGACUUCGACGAGAUCUUGGAUGGGUUCUACGACCUCCUGAACCUCCGCUUCCAGCGCAUUCACGCGAACGGCCGCGUGGGCUUUGCAGCGACGGUGGCUGCAGGAAGCUACUCGGUCCUGGCGCCGGUUGAUCGACGCUUCCAAUUGGUGGUCUGCAUCAGGGCCAAGGACCUUGCACUGACCCCUCUGCCCUUCUUGAACCGCUUCGACAAGUUUUACCUGGGUCCCGGCGACCUGGCCAUUCACACUGCCGAUAUCCUAUGCCAUCGUCAAAUCCAGCAGCACUUCCUCAGAGACUACCUGCUGCAGCCCGUGCGCCAGCGACUGCAAGCUUCGGUUCAGCUUCUGGGCCCUGCAAGCCUCAUUGGCUUCGAUGCCGCCACCAUGGAUUCAGCGAAUGAAGCCAUGCAAACCAGUCGAUGCCAGAUGCCAUUGCAGUUGCUUUCGGCAGGAUGGGAGGAGCGCACGGAGGGCGCGGCCGAGGAGACUGAAAAGCCGAUUUCUCGCGAGGGGCCGCUCGACAUCGGUCAGGCAAGGCCAGAAAGGGCCGAAAUCACAGACCAGGCCGACCCCGUUUGCUUUGGACAUGAGAAUGCAGGCAAUACAUGCUUUUUGCAGGCAUCCGUUGUGCUUAUCUGCGUGCACGAGAGGCACCUGUUGCCACCAGAGCAUGAGGCAGAGCCUGUCUUUCUCACUGACUUGCGGCAGCAGGACGACGCAGUGGAAGUGUUUGAGGCUUUGCUCGACGAGUGUAAAUGUUCAAAGCUGGCCUUGCCCACCAUGACAUGUGCCAGGAAGUCUGACUGCGUCGGUCUCAGUGACCCAGCCAGCAAGGUGUAUGUGUCCACCGCUCUGAAUGAGUGGGUGCUGCGGACAGCCAUGGGGACAGGCAAGAGCUUUGCGACCUUGCUGCAAGUGAUCGUCAUGGAAACCGUUACUCCCUAA